AUGUACACAAGCAAACAAAAUACAUUCACAACGAAUUCCCAAUCAUACAAGAGGAAUUAUCUUGCUUUGGACAUCAAUGACGGAUCGUUCACUCCGCCCACCAAGCUUCUGGACUCAGUCCAAUGUUCUACUCAGAAAAAACUUAACCUUUCAGGUCCAUCUCUUGAGCUUUCUUCUGCUUGCUCAUUGGUACUAUCCAAUUUGGGCCAUCCCAAGCCUACAGAAUGGCCUCCAUUGUUGCGGAUGCCAGCUCCUCGUUAUCGUGCAGUGAGAAGUGAUUUUGUUCCAUUUACAGACUUGCCAAAUGAGUCAUGCAGGAAGACAGAGUCAUGCCCUGUAACAAUACUUAUGACUGGGAAUAAUCAGUUCUUUGGAGAAACUGUGGCUGGGAAUUUGUUCUCGAAUUCUAUCUCACUGGAUUCCACGAGCAUCAUGGACAACUUCUCCAAUAAUGUCAUGGGAACAGAAUCCAAAAUUGGAGAAUCAAAAUUUUCCGAUCCUGCUUUCAUGUUCGAUCACAUCUAUGACCAGGCCAGCGCGGAGGUGAAUCGUGUCAAAAGGUUAAGGCCGGACGGCUAUACUUUUUUAUAA